AUGGCUCGCUUCCGGCGAUCGAAAGGAUGCGAAGGCUGCCGCGCUAGGCGCCGAAGGUGCGAUGAAGCCAGUCCUAGCUGCGGACUCUGCUUCAAGCGCGGCAUCCACUGCGUCUACGGCGACCAGCUGAAUGUCGUGUUCGUACGCUGCGGUCCCAAACCUAUGCCGCCAAGGGAUGCAUCCAGAGAUAGGCAUCAAACCAAGAGCAAUGAGUCCGGAGCGUCUCUUCCGUCGGUCGAAAAUGUGCCGCAGGCUUGCCUCGCAACGGCAUACCGUCUUCAGACCCACGGCAAUUUCCUUGGCGUCUAUCUGCCGCAGACUUCUGCCACGGCAACCUCGGCGACGUGCACUACGGCUUGGCUACAUAGUGCAUACGAGCUUUCCAGCACAGACCAACUUCUCUCCGACGCCUUGAGUGCACUUUCUAUUCAGUGCCUUGCACAUGACGGCGAUCUGGGUGCGGAAUCGCAGAGUCAACUGCUUUGUGGGCGGGUCAUUCGCAACCUGCCCAAGAGGCUGGACGCCAGAUCACAAGCUCUUGGAGAUACUACUCUGGCAUGUGUGAUGGUGUUGAAUCUGCUUUGGUCACACCGGGCCAAUCGCGAAGGUGCAUCAGGAUGGCUGUUCCAUGCACACGGCAUUUCUGCACUGAUCCAUGCUAGGGGCGCAAGAAACCACUCUUCGGACUUCGGGCGAGAGCUUGUCUCCGGCUCCAGAUUGAUAAGCCUGGUCGGCACGAUUGGCAAGCGCAAAGCGGAUUGGUCUCAACUUCCCGGUGGCACGAUUGCGCCAGGAGAUUCACGGGCUGACUUUCUACUGCUCUUUGACAUUCUGCAAGGUCUCCCGUCAACUCUCGAACAACUCGACACUGUCUCACGAUUGGCCUCCGAGGGCAACUUGAAAGACGCCGAAGCCAUUGCACGCGCCUUAAUCGAGACUUGCCAUGUGCUUACGGCGCAGCUGAAAGACUGGCGGGAUGGUCUUGACACGCACUGUUCCGAUCUCGGCGUCACGCAACUGGUUUCGGAAGAGCCUUCGGAGUUAUACCAGUCUCUACCCAUUGAUAGCCCUUUGCGAAUCUUUCCGACGUACUUCUGCUAUCCAAACAUCGAUCUCGCGCAACAAGUCUUGCUUUACAUGGUCGGUAACGUCUUCCUUUGGACAGUCAGAGCAGGUAUGGAAGAUGCACUCGAUAGCAUGCAGCCACAGCGCCAGACGGACGUCACUCCUCCGCUGAGGCCGGGAGAAAUCUUCGGCGCGGAGCGUGCGUGCCGUAUGGCUCUUCAGGUCGCACAGUCUCUUGAAUAUUUUGUCCGACCCGGCAUGGGCCUGGCUGCGAUUGAUAUCUUUGGGUUUCCAAUCACUUUCAUCUAUAACUGGCUGACGGACCGAAAUGUGCCCGAGAGAAUGUGGUUUGAAGUCAUUUUCGGCCACCUGCGCACCAUCAAUUCGGGCUACGCUGCAUUUCUCGAGACCGCAACGAAGCUCCAUGGAGAAUGCGACAUCUUCGACCUCCUUCGAUGA